CUAUUCAAUCAACCAGAUUAAAGCUAUGUUGAUAGCAUCAUGGCUCUAAGCAUAUAGUUGUCGCGGGCACUGUUGAUAGUACAGCCCUCUGGCGCGCAUCUUCAACGUGGUUGCUUGCCAUGAUAAUGACCACCGCUCGGAUCUGCUAGCUCGUGAGCGAGGACAUCGAGGCGCGGGGUGGCUCAGGUUAUAACUCUGGUGCUCAAGCUGAAUCAUCUCGGAGGCAUUCACAUCGAUCAGAGAUGACUCCAGGGCAUCGUUUCAAGUGCUGGUCGACCUUCUACAUCAAGAACGUCGAGCGCACCAGGAAACAAAGCGCGAACUCACCCUCAUGAAAGAACGGCUACGCGACAGAUGACUUCGACAAACGAAGCCGAGAACAAAGUUGCGACGGGUACUAACCCGCCUUCGAUCAGUCAACGAAGAGCGAGUCUCUGCCGUACGUGAAAACGUCACGGCUGAAUGAGUCAUUGGCUCUGUACAGAUUUCAAUUGGAAAAAGCGCAAAACGAGAUACACCGAGCACAGACAGUCUUCGAGCUUGUUGAAAAGGACAGAUACAAUGCUGAGGUGGCGGGAGUCAAAUCACGAACACUCGCACGUCAGCUGCACGAACAACAGAAGAUGUAUAAAGCUCUGGAGGAAGGCCGCCGCCAGGGAGCCCAGCAAGGCUUUGAGGCCGGACAAAGAGGCUACACUGCUGAGUCUGAAGGAAACAUUCCUGCUGAAGCCUCCGCAUCGGGCCCUUCAGAUGUGAUGGCGGAGCCAGAGCCGGCUUUUGAACGGCCAAAUCUCCAGUUGAAUCCAUAUUGACGCUUUCUGAAAGAUCUACUUCAGUUUAUGCGCCGUCAGCCGUUCAGCAGCCCAUCCCAGUCCUAUCACCCAUCGCCGAAUUUGUCACUCCGCCGGCAUCCGCACCAACGGGAAUCGAGGAGGGAGCGAGUCCAGCGCCUGUUUACGUUCCGUUCCAUGAUAUUCGGCCGAUACCGAUCCAUAACUCGAUGCCUCACCCCCACGAGCAAGUGAAUCGCAUGCCGAUCGGGGUCAUUCCUGUCUCGGAUCCUGCGGGAGUCAUCCACAUACCCCCGGCCCAUGAGGUCGAUCCCAUCGCCGAGGAACGUCACUGAGGCAAUCUGGAGUGGUUGUUGAGCCAACAAUUUCCCCGUCUGCGUUUGCGAGGGCUUUGUCCCCGGGGCCGCGGCGGCCACUCUCAGUGGCUGGGUCGGCCCAAUCGGGGCAGCACCGCACUCCCGCAAUGCAUAGUGAGAGCAUCUAUCGUGCAAAUCGCAGUUCCAUGUCCUCCGGUCCUGUGCAUAUCAGCGUUCAGUCGCCAUCUACGGCCGAGUCUUCCGCUGGUGCCUGGAACCCCACAGCUGGGAGCAGGCUCUUUGACGACUCGGUCGAUACCAGAGUUGGCUUGGCGCUCACUAAUCCUUCUCCAUUCCCUCUCCAAGACUUUCAGAAGGAAAGCUUCGCACGCUCAAGUCUGAGUCACGAGAAUGACGAGAUGCCCAUUCCUGUCCCUUAUCCGACAGCUAGUCGUGUGGGCUCAGAGACGCCCCAAUCGCGCUCCAGCACUCCGUUUACUUUGACCACCCCUGUCCUGUAAGAUUAGAUACGAUCUGGAUUACAUAAGUAUUGAGCUGUCAUUCUUGAAUGCUGUGCUGGAUAUUGUGAUCCCAAACAAACUCAACUCCUUGUCAAUCCUCCAUGUCCAAAGUCUCGUUCACUGUUCGCAGACCAUCCCCUGUAUCGCGUGGCGCAUCUUCCGGUCCAGAUUCGGACUCAGGAUUCAAAAUUCCCGCUUUGCCGAGGCAUUUGGCUCAAGAUUCCACCCCCGGGAGCCCCCUCAGUCGCAGUCACACGUCUUCUCCCGCCACCCGAUAUGACGAUGAUUCAAGUGACGACGACGAAGAACAGGACGAACUGGUGACAAGCUUUGAUGCAAUGGGUGCUCAGCGGUUGCGUCCGCCGAAAAAGACACCACAAGGCCCAUUGAUCAUUCCCGCCCAAAAAAACAAGGACUGGAGGGAACUUGCGAAGAAGAGACGCGGUGCCAAUCAGUUUGUUCCUGAAUCGGGCAAGGCUGCUACAGGACAAGACGGCAGCGUUGGUGGACUCGGGACACGAGAUAGCAUCAAUUCUGGGCCAGUGCUCUCUGGUCUCCAAGUCAGAUCGAAGAAGGUCGUAGAAGAAUCGUCAGAGGAUGUCGCGAUGUCUGCAGAAGGCGAGGUGGAUAUGGUUGAUGUUCAAGAGGAGCCUCAGACGGAAGAACAGUUGGCACUCCGCGCUAUCUUGGCCGAAGCAUCGGGGAGCAGCAAGGCAACUACUCCAUAGGCGUCAUCCCUCCUUCUAUUUCGGAAGAAGACGCUUUGAAGCGGGACAUUGACGAGCUGCCGGACGUUGCGACAUUAGACGACUAUAACCGGGUUCCGGUCGAGCAGUUCGGGCUCGCGCUGUUAAGAGGCAUGGGCUGGAAAGAGGGAACCGCAGCCUCGAGGAAGCCAGGGAAAGGCAUGGUGCAGCCCUAUCUUCCUGAAGCGAGGCCAGCCUUGUUGGGCAUUGGAGCCAAGGAGCAAGAGGUUUUCGAUGACGGAUCCGGCAAGAAGGCCAGCAAGCGCCCGGAGAAACGAUAUGUCCCAGUCGUCAGAAGAGAGACUGAUUCACGAGAAGGGUCUUCCAGUCGGGAUGUCUCUCGACGCAGUUCAAGGUCUCCCAGUCGCCGAAGGAAUUACGAUGAUCGCAGAAGCGAUGACAAGUAUCGAGAUGGCAGACGUGCCGAUGGGCGCAGAGACUCGACGCGGCGAGAUUAUGACGGAGACAGGCGCAAUGAUAGAGAUGACCGUCGACGAGAUUAUGAAGCAGAUUCUCGUCGGAAAAGGAGGGACUAGCUCGUACAUUCACCACAUAUUUCAUUCGCGGUACCGACUGUCUUGUGCUGUGCUAUUCUGGAGACUCCAAAAGUACAAAUCCGCGUGUCAUUUUCUCCAUUUAUAAAUGUGACAGUCGG